UGAGGUCGGCGAGGCUGUGCUGGAAUACUGCAGACCCACCUGGAUCAGGAACCAGAGUAGAGACCGGUGUUUCUCAGACUCUCUCUUCUCUCAGUGAUGUUCUGGUUGGCACAAUGUGUUUGAGAGAAGCUUUCCUCUUGCUGGUGAUGCCGGCGUGCCUGAUCUCCGUGCUCGGCCUGGCUCCAAUGUCCCAGGAGAUGGUUAUCUAUAUCAACCAGCUCAACACCACAUGGAAGGCUGGACAUAAUUUCUAUUCGGUGCCCCUGAGCUACGUUAAGAGACUUUGUGGAACUUUCAUUAAUGGACCCCAGCCACCGGUAUGGUAUCUGCCUGACAGAGGGAUACGUUUACCCGAACACUUUGAUUGGCGUCAACAGAUACUGUGUCCAACAACACGUCAAAUACGCGACCAGGGAUCGUGUGGAUCGUGUUGGGCAUUUGCUGCAGUCGGAGCGAUAUCUGACCGGAUUUGUAUUCAAUCUGAGGGGAAGGUGAAUGCUGAGAUUUCUGCCGAGGAUUUGCUUUCCUGCUGUGUUCCCAAUUGCAGUGACGGGUGCAGUGGAGGCUUUGCUGCCGUUGCCUGGGAUUACUGGAAAGAGCAAGGAUUAGUGACUGGAGGAGAAUAUGGCUCUAACAUUGGCUGCCGUCCAUAUUCCAUACCCCCCUGUGAGCACCAUGUGAAUGGUUCGCGGCCAGCCUGCUCCGGGGAGGCUACCGUACCUCGCUGCCGGCGACACUGUGAGACCGGCUACACACGUUCCUACUGCAAGGACAAGUAUUAUGGAGCCACUUCGUACAGUGUCUCUGCCAAUGAGACUCAGAUACAGUUGGAGAUCUAUAGACAUGGUCCAGUGGAUGGUAGUCUAUCCAUGUACACUGACAUACUGCUGUACAAGACAGGGGUUUACCAUCAUGUGACCGGAGAGAUGUUGGGCGGCCACUCUGUCAAGAUGCUGGGCUGGGGAGUGGAAGACGGGACUCCUUACUGGCUGAUCGCAAACUCCUGGAACACAGACUGGGGAGACAAUGGUUUUUUCAAAAUCCUCCGUGGCAGCAAUGAAUGUGGCAUUGAGAGUGAGAUUAUAGCUGGUCUGCCCAGCUUCCCCCACACCCCCCUGAGCAAGCAACCAUGAGACCUACACCUGAACACCAUUCCCUACACCUGAACACCAUUCCCUACACCUGAACA